AUGUUUCACUAUUUUCGAUCAUCAAUAAAAAAGAAAUUAUUUUUAAAAAUUCAUCCAUCAAAAGAAGAAAAUACAGAUCAAAAAUUGAUAUACACAACGGCAACAACAAUAAAUUCAAUUAAUUUUGAAAAUUUACAAAAUUAUUUUAAUCGAGCAAUAACGAUAGAUGAAUUAACAUCGAACCAACGAAUUAUAUUUCUUAAUGCUGAUUCUGAACAUGAUAGUUUUAUCAGAGGAACAAAGGAUUUUAUUAUUAUGAAUAUGAUGUUGAUGAAUACAAUUUUAUGUAAAUUAAUAACAUUUUUAUUAUCAUGUUUUACUCGUAUGAGUUAUUGGCUCACAGAAUAUAUUACAAUUGAACGUAUUUAUGUUACAUAUUAUUCAAGUGGACAAUGGUUAAAAAAUCCUCGAACAGCGAAACGUAUUAUAAUUAUAAUGUGUAUUUGUCUAUUAACAUCGCAUGUACAUGAAGUUACAUAUCAUAAAGUUGUGCCAGAUCCAAAAUAUAUACAAUAUGAUACUUCGUGCGUUGCACAAUAUCCCCGUGUUUUAUCAAUCUACAGCCAAGUGAAUACCUUUAUUCAUUGUAUAAUACCAUUUUUAAUGAAUUUUAUAUCAACGUUAUCAUUAAUUAUGUUAAAUGCACGUAAACGCGCUAAUCUUGUUGAUCAACGAUAUCAAAUGUCAAGUAUGACAUUCGAAUGUCAGUAUGACUUCGAAAACAAUUUUCAGGAACACAAAGAUCGUUUUCUGCCACCAAUAAUUACCAUAUUAUCCUCACUACCACAAUUGAUUAUUUUAUUUACAUUAGCUUGUACAAAAUUGGCCAAAUCUCCAUUUAAAAGAUAUUCAUUAACAGCUGCUUAUUUUCAAUCUUAUUUACCACAAAUAUUGGGAUUCUAUCUUUAUAUUUUACCAUCCAAAUUUUAUUGUGAUGAAUUGUAUGCCAUAAAAUUGGGAAAAAAAUUGGAACCAACAGAAAAAAAGAAGACACAUCAACAAAAGUAA